AUGCCAGUUGUUCUGCAGUGUGUGGUGUUUUUGUUGUUACUUUACUGUCAAUCUUCAGGGCUUGUAUCGGGUGAUGAGAGGGCGACGCUCACCGCUCUACGACGGCUGCGGGCGGCGGUGGCUCAGCACGAUGUGGAGGAGGUGAAUCGUGUGAUUCGCGAUCACUCGCUUGAGCGUCAAUUGGCAUUUCGUGCCCCAUCGCCCCUAUACUGGGUAGCCAAUGAAAAGACCGAGUCAGAGAACCUUGUCCGCAUCACGCAGAUAUUGUUGGACUACUUUGGCGAUAGCAAUUACGACUACGACCGGUACCAUCCUCUAACACGCGCGGCUCGCCACCAUCUCGCAGGUGUUAUGGCAACUCUGCUCAAGUGGCCGAGCACCAUCAAGGAGGUUCACGCGAAGUACCUCUGGUGCGAGGAUCUCACUUCACUGCCUGAGUCCGUGCGGGUCGUCAUCACACCUGAGAGCCCAAAAUGCUUUCGUGAUUUUGCCCGCGUGGCCGACUAUGAACAUAGCGAAUUGGCGAAGGCGGCACGGCAGCAUCGACAGGGUGCGGAAGAUACUGUAGUGGAGGAGUUUGAUUGGUCAAACCCUUUUCUGAGCCCACCACCAGGGAAGAAGCCAACCUUGAAACAUUUUGUCAUGAAUCCACGGGCUUUCGUGGACUUCGUUGAGGCGAUUUUAUACUACUUAUGGGGCGAGUGGGAACUUUUCUACAGCAUUAUCUACAGUGUAAUUAUCGUCGCAUUUAACUGUGCGACGUGCGCUGUUUUUGUGGCGGCAUGGUGGAGGCAGCGAUGA